GAGAAUUUGUUUGCCCUCUUGUCUUCCCCAAUAGGAAGUUCAACUACCACCCACCUUCUUUUUCCUUUGCCCAACAGAUGGCGUUAAAUGAAACAAUGAAUUCAUUAUUAUUUCAUCUGCUAUCUGCUACUCUCUGACUAUUUCAUCCCUCUCUCUCUCCCCCACAAACAAAAAAAGUUCAAAUUUUUACAAAUCAAAUGAUCAAAUCACGAACAGAAAGGUAACCCCUUUUAAUAUCUCUUCAAAAAAUGAUACCAAUCUCAUGUUCUUCAAUGGCCAAAACAGCCAAAUGGGUAUUGAUUUCAAUCGCCCAUUUCACAAACGAAGCCCUCAGCAUUAUUGUCUUCAAUCUUCUCGACCUCAUUGAUUUUGGGUUGUGUUUUGUUUAUAAAGUGGCUGAUUUCUUGUUUGAAUCCGAGUGGAAGGCUUGUUAUUGUUGUUCCCAUAAAGAGGCAAUUUCAAGUAGCGAUGGUAAUAAGAUUUUGGUGUCUGAAAAGGCGUUGUCUUUGUCCACUAAGCUGCAGCUGGAGGAAGUUUCUGAUACUCUUUAUACUCGUCCUUCUUUGCUCACUGAGCUGUCUAAGGUUGCUGUGGCUGAGCUCCGCCGCCUUAAAGUUAAGCCUUUUGUUGUUGGGUCGGCCGGGAAAGCGGCUGUUGGAUCCACUUUUGCGGUGAACUCUACCGUUGUUGAGAUGCUUAAAGAGAAGAUCAAUGUCGGGCAGAAUCCUAGGUGGUCGGAAUGUGAUUGUAAACGUUGUACUUCUUGUUGUUCGUCAUCCAAACAAUCCCUAUUCGUUCGUUCUCAAGGGCCCCAAGAUAACCCACGUGAAGACGUACUGUUCAUUCAUGGCUUCCUUUCUUCAUCUACAUUCUGGACAGAAACCCUGUUUCCCAACUUCUCCGCGUCGGCCAACUCGACGUAUCGGUUCCUUGCUGUCGAUCUGCUCGGGUUCGGUCUGAGCCCAAGGCCGACUGAUUCACUCUACACAUUGAAAGAGCAUGUCGACAUGAUCGAAACCUCGGUUCUUGAGGCGUAUAAAGUUAAGUCCUUUCACAUCGUUGCUCAUUCCCUCGGCUGCAUUUUGGCCUUGGCUUUAGCCGUCAAGCAUCCUACCUCUGUCAAGUCGUUAACGUUGCUCGCACCGCCGUAUUAUCCAAUACCGAAAGGAGAAGAGCCGAGCCAAUACGUGAUGAGGAAGGUGGCGCCCCGACGGGUGUGGCCACCAAUAGCACUAGGGUCAUCGAUCGCUUGCUGGUACGAGCACAUCUCGAGGACGGUGUGCCUAAUCAUAUGCAAAAAUCAUCGCUUUUGGGAAUUUCUAACCAAAUUUGUCACAAGAAACAGGAUAGAGUCAUUUUUGGUGGAGGGAUUCUUCGCCCACACGCACAACGCCGCGUGGCACACACUGCACAAUGUCAUAUGCGGCACCGGUGGGAAGAUCGAUAGGUAUUUGGACGAAGUCCGUGAGCAGGUGAACUGUCAGGUGAACAUAAUCCACGGCGGCGACGACGACGUGGUUCCGGUGGAAUGCAGCUACAACGUGAAGGCGCGUGUGCCGAGGGCGCGUGUGAAUGUGGUGCAAAACAAAGAUCAUAUUACAAUCGUCAUCGGAAGACGACAGGCCUUUGCUAGAGAGCUUGAGGAAAUUUGGAGCAACGCAAAGUCUUAAAUUUAAAUAAUUACUGUUAUUAUUAAUUUAUAUUAAUCGUAAAUU